AUGGUUCAGUCCACAUCUUGUAAUCCUAAUUCUCUUGUGAACCAUGGAAAAGCCAUGAAUUCUGAGACCCCUUCCCCUCUUAAAGCCACAAGCACAAAGCUACCACCUCAGAAAGGCAACAAAGACCGUCACACCAAGGUUAAUGGAAGAGAGAGACGUGUUUUGUUGCCACCUUUGUGCGCUGCACGUGUCUUCCAACUCACACGUGAGCUUGGUUACAAGACUCAUGGUGAAACCAUUGGGUGGCUGCUACGUCAGGCUGAACCCGCCAUCAUUGCUGCCACUGGUAAUGGUGUAUCACUAUCAUCUUCCAUGGUGGCAUCCACAUCAUCCUCUGAGGGCAAAAACAUUGCUGGUCCACGUGAGGAUUCGCUUGGCAAUAAUGCCAGCAAUAAGUCUCAACAAGACUCUCUGCCAUUGGAUUUUGAUUUGCUGGCAAACUACAAUCUGGAGUUUUCUGCUAAUGAGAUUGCAAUGAUCCAAUCGUUGAUGACUAGGUUGGCUUGA